AUGUUCGCUGCUGCCACUAAGAACUUUGUGAAGCAGGUUGGAGACACGGGGAGGCUGAUUUCCGUCCCGAGCCUGAGUGAGGCUGACCGGUUUCAGCCACUCAGCCUGGUGACCAGGAAGAGGAAGAGGCAUUUCUGGAAGAAGACCAAGUAUGUUUCAACCGCUUUCUCCCUGAAGGACAUUCUUGUCGGGGAGAAGGAGAUCACUGCAGGAGUGUCCUCCUAUCAGCUGCUCAACUAUGAGGACAAAUCUGACCUGGCCUUGAACGGUAAAUUAGGAAAUCACCUCAUCCACGAUGUGGGAGUCAACAUCAGUGGAUCAGACUCCGUUGCUGUUAAAGCCUCCUUCGGCAUCGUGACCAAACACGAGGUGGAGGUGCCCACCUUGCUGCGAGAGCUCAACUCCAGGAAAGUGGACCUGGAUCACUGCCUGAUUCGUCAGUCCAGGGAAAAUGGGCGGAGCGUCCUCUGUGUCGUCACGGAGAGCAUCCGCACCACGCGCCAGUGCUCUCUGACCGUCCACGCCGGCAUGAGAGGGACCACCAUGAGGUUUCAAAUCGACGACGGCCGAAAUCCUAAAGGUCGAGACAAGGCCAUCGUCAUCCCUGCUCACACCACCAUCGCCUUCAGCAUCUGCGAGCUGUAUGUCCGACUGGAUGGACGACUAGAUAUCUGCGUAGCCCUAGAGUCAUGUGGGGGAUUUGAGAGGGAGCAGAUGAGGGAGCAGCUCGGUGGUUUUAUUGGUCGCUUCUCGAUGGGCCGACUCCGCAGAUUCCUGUCUGGGAUCAUCUAUGGAAAUCCCUUCAGGGCAGAUGACAGGACGUUCGAGGAGCUCACCCACUCCGACACCUACAUGGACGACGUGAUGACCGACUACUACGAGAAAGCCGCCAGCAUGACGGACGUGUCCACCGCCUACCUGAGGGAAGGCUCCCACACGCGGGUCAACCUCCUCAACCACAACAUCCCCAAGGGCCCCUGCGUGCUGUGCGGCAUGGGCAACCAGCGCCGCGAGACCGUGUACGGCUGCCUGGAGUGCUCCGCCGCGGGCCACAAAUACGUUCGGCUGCACGUGGUGCCUUGCUUCGACCUCUGGCACAAAACGCUGAGGUGA